AAUGCUGCCACAUCCUUGAAAUAUUAAAUAUUUAUAUUCCACAAGUCAAACAAAUUAUGAGGGACGCUAUUAAAUACCACAAAUUAAUCGACCAAUGAGGUAAGCAGGGGAUCUCAGGAAUGGAUGCAUUUUGCAGCUCCCAGCAUGCAUUGUGGGAUACAAAGGAGAGUGGUGGAUCCUGAAGCGCGAGCUGGUGAGGAUUGUGACACGAGCGCAAGGGGAGCAUCAUCCAAACACUUUGUGAUACCAGAUACCCAGAUCCCACUGUCUACCCUAGUCCUGCUGGCCUGAACGACCAACCCACCAGUCACCAUGAACUACCUACGCAGGCGUCUGUCCGACAGCAGCUUCGUAGCCAACCUCCCCAACGGCUACAUGAUGGACCUGCAGAGUGGGCCUCGCCCCACCCCGCCCUCUUCCACCUCCAAUCCCGCCUCCCCAGCCACAGAGAGGCGAACGCCCCCCAGCCUGCCACCACAGGUCCCGGCCUCGGGCUCGGCCUUAGGCUCGUCCCCGGCCCCGACCCCCGGGGGUUUCCUCAGCUCCUUCUCCAGUGUGGUGAAGACCGCCCAGUUGGCACAGAAUGCUGCAGCAGCAGCCAAGGCUUCAGCGGCGGUGGCAGAAGCUGCCGCAGCAGCGCCCGCCAAACCUGUCAUUCGGAAGCCCAAGAUUCUAUUGGUCAUCGACGACCUGCACACAGACUGGGCCAAGUGUUUCCGAGGGAAGAAGUUGAACGGGGAGUACGACAUCCGGGUGGAGCAGGCCGAGUUCUCAGAGAUCAACCUGGCUUCGUACAUGAACACUGGGUGUAUGAUUGAUAUGCAGGCCAUAAGAGGAGGAACCAAAGUGGUCAGAUCCUUCAAGCCAGACUUUGUCCUGAUUCGCCAGCAUGCCUACAGCAUGACUCCGGGUGAAGACUUCAGGAGCCUGGUGAUUGGCCUUCAGUACGGGGGAGUCGCCAGCAUCAACUCCCUGCUCUCCAUCUACAACUUCUGCAGCAAACCCUGGGUGUUUUCCCACAUGAUUAAGCUCUACCACUCCCUGGGCCCAGAGAAGUUCCCACUGAACGAACAGACCUUCUACCCCAACCACACACAGAUGGUGACAACACCAACGUUCCCUGUGGUGGUCAAGAUGGGCCAUGCCCACGCCGGCAUUGGCAAGAUCAAAGUGGAGAACGAACUUGACUUCCAGGAUAUUACCAGUGUGGUGGCGCUGGCCAGAACCUAUGCCACCUCUGAGCCAUACGUCCUGUCUAAGUACGACAUCAGGAUCCAGAAAAUCGGCAACAACUACAAGGCCUACAUGAGAACGUCCAUCUCAGGCAACUGGAAGGCUAACACAGGCUCAGCCAUGUUGGAACAGAUCGCGAUGACGGACAGAUAUCGUCUGUGGGUGGACUCCUGUGCCGAGAUGUUCGGGGGACUUGAUAUCUGUGCUGUGAAAGCCGUCCACGGAAAAGAUGGCAAUGACUACAUUAUCGAGGUGAUGGACAGUUCCAUGCCUCUGAUUGGUGAGCACGUGGAGGAGGACAGGCAGCUGAUCACUGAUCUAGUGAUCAAUAAGAUGUGCAGCGUGCUGCUCGGUAUCAACACACCACAGCCCAGCGCUGUGAAGCCACAGACGACCCAGCCAAGAAGGGCCCAAGGUGGGCAUCGCUCUGGCUCUGAUUCUCCCUCCCAGUCAGCACAGGGUUCUCCUCAGCGAGCCCGCUCAGCUAACACCUCUCCCAGCCAGGCCUUCCAGCCAGGACCAAUGCCACCUCCCGCCGCCACCGGCACUGGCUCCCAGAAACAACCUCCUCAACUGAACAAAUCCCAGUCGCUCACCAACACCUUCACUGAGACCCUGAAAGGGAACGCCACGGACGACGAGGCCAAGGCAGAGACCAUCCGCAGCCUGCGCCAGUCCUUUGCCAGCCUCUUCUCCGACUAACUUCAACUGACUCCCCAUAUCCAUCCGCCUACUGUCAGCCAUCGGCCUCCAGAAGUGCUCCAAGUUACCAUUAUUUUACAGAGCACGCUCAGUCAACCCACAGAGCGGGAGCUUCCUGUCCACCACUUCCUACUUCCUGUUCUUAUCCAUAAAUGGCAGGUUGAGAGCGUCCACCUCUCAGAAUCAUCCGUCAGAUUUUUUUUUUUAAAUACAAAAUUAAACUAUAGUUCAUCUAGUACUGCUUGGUUGGUGUAGUUGAGAUGUCAGUUUGCAUUCUAUUUGUUCAUCAUCUGAUUCAUUAUUUUGUUUUGGUCGUAUUUGUGUUUAUCAACUUCAAGGAUGUUGAUAUACUUUCGGAGAUAAAGGCAAUAUUACAGUAUUUAGAAAUGACCAAUAAUAGUGUAUGAGCUAGGUUCACCAGCAAUGCUUAGCAUCUUGCCAGUCUCAUUUCAUAGAAAUACAAUUGCCAUGUCUUGUAGACCCAUACAUAUUGAUUGGUUGAUAUUACAAUAUAAUGAUUUGUGAUUUUGGCCUUUUGAGUACCGAAGUAUUUUUGAUUAAAAUUCCUUGAAUUAGGUCAAGAUAGUUUAGGCUAUAUACUGUACCUGUAAAUUUGCAAUUUUACGAGGUGGAAAUAUUAUCUUGAGUCUUCCAUCACAGACAAUUCUUCCCUAAGUUCUAAGCAUUUAUGAACUAUCCAGUGUAAAUAGCGCUAUGAACAAUUUUUUUUAAAUAUUGGGCAUUUGAUUCACUACUAUUCCCUUGCUGUGUAUUGAAAGGUGGGAAUUGUGUACAUAACACAGAGAAGAAGUGCUGAAAUCUUUGCUUCAAUGGUUAUAAGAUAAGUUACCUUUUAAUUCUGUACAUACUGUAAGGUUGCAAAUACUCCUGGGAGAUUGACAUUUACUUUUGAUCCUUGGGUUUUGAAUUUUGAAGCGUUGUCGACCUAAGAAUAGACAUGAUUUGCAAUGUGUUGGUAUGUCUAUAGCUUACAUCCGCUUCAGGAAAUGACAAAGUCGUCUUGCAAUACUCAGCUACCACAUAUGCAGAUAUUCUAUCUACGCUAACGAUACUAUCUGAUAGCUGAGUGUCCAUAUUAUCUCCCCCCCAUCUCAUUAUAAUAGAGAAGGACAGACCAACACAUGACUGGCUAGUUUGUUCUUUUGACUUAAGUGCAAACAUUUUAAAUCUCUGCGCCCAAAUGGGUUUUCUGUUUAGGGUUACAUGUUUGACUGGUAUGAAAAAUGGCAAUUCUAUUUCAUGGAAUGAAUAUUGUCCCCAUACUUUCUUUUUACUAAUUGCACUUCAACUCGCACUAUCAGCAAUAUGGGUGAAAUGAAACUCUCUCCAUCUUGAUUUAAAUACAUUUUUAAACAGUUAAGAUUGUCUUUUCACUUUCAAACUAUUUAUUGUCCUAAACAUAUAUGCCAAUCAUAGUAAGGUAUUAUUAUCAAAAUGGACCAAAUUAUGUGUUUGUAUUGUAAAACCUGUGUUUUUAAUUAUUUUGUCUGUUGAAUGUGAAAUGCUUCUACAAUUCAAAGUACCGAAUACUAUGAAAAGCCAUAACAAAACAAUGAUUUACUGAAAAUCUGUUUUUUUGUUUACUCGUUAUCACUGUGAGUGUUAGUUACGCUUCUAACGAUUCAAUCAUUUUGCUUCUACGAGUGUUGAUUAAUAGUGUACAUAGGUAUAAUGCUGUAAACUUGUGAAUGCCACAUCCAUAGUGAUUUAUUUAGUCAUUUGUUAAUUGACAAUUUCAGUAAGCAAAUAAUGUUAAUUAGGCACUGAAGAAAUUCAGAAUUGAGUGGUGAGGUCAUCUAGUAACUACCUCAAUUCCAGCAAGCUGUUCUGCUAAUAGUAGUUACCACUAAUACUCUGAAGUGGGUGGAAUUAAGACAACAAAAAAGGAAUGGCUUUCACUUGACCUAAUCUGUAUGUCUGCAUGUAAUCCUACAAUUUUAAUCCUAACAUUCAUACAGUGAAUUUGAUGUACUGUGUCUCUCAAGUAGUUAUUUCCUGUGAGUAAAAGGCAAUACACCCAUAAAUGAGUAUCUACGGUCAAUAACUAAAUGAAUAUGACAUGGUUUUCAUAUCAUGAUUUACAUGUCAUUGCAAUGGAGAAUUAACGGCAAUAGCCCUUAAAUGUAUGCUUAUUAAAGUGUGCCCUAUGCCAUUCAACAGAUGCUCAGAAGUCAUCUACACCAGCGUUGAAUAGCCGUCCUCAUCUCUUAUUUUCCAAUCUAACAGAACCUAUUGUCAUAUAUCCUCUUAUGAUGAGCAUCUGCUGGAAGGCAUUGUGUGCCUCCCUGUGUGUUACUGAUAUAAGUGUGGCAUGAAAACUGACCCCUGGUGUGCCUCUGGUGUAACAAUAUUGUCAUGUAAAUAAUUGCUAUUGUCUGGCUGCUUAUACUGUAUGAAGUGUGUGAUGCCUAAUGUGUGGUAGUGUUAUAGAUGCAAGUUAUUUUAACAUUGUUUUGUUAUUUUGUUCAGUUUUUAUUAAAAGUGACAUAUUUUAUUACA